GGACGCGGACACGUUUCCGAGUGCGCCUCCUGGCAUAACUUAAGGCUUGAUAGAAUUCAUUUCCAACAGCCAUUUUUCUUCUGUUUCCCUCUUGGGAUUCUGAAGAAAUGAAGGAAAGAAAUGAAACGUUUUAAGCUCUAAAUAGCGACCUCUUUUACUUCAUCAUCUGAAAUAGAGAAUCCAAGUGCGCCUCCGGGCAUAACGAGGGCUUCUACUUCAUCAUCGGAAAUAGAGAACCUGUGGCCGGUGUUGAAAAUACCUAAUGGUGAGGUGCGAACAAUGUUGCAGGACCUGAAGUUCUUCGAUAUUUCUAGAAAAGAUGCCCAUGCUGCAAGAAAAGUACUAGAGGCUGAAGGUGAAGAUGUUUUGUGUCCCGUUUCUGAUGCACAAUUUAGGCUACUCUGCAAUUUCCUCAUAUUUCCGAAAAACAAAGACAUCGAGGAUGCCAUCGAUCGGUGGUGCGGUCAUUGGAUCUACUUGGGGCUUGUUAAUUGUAGUAAUGAGGACGAAAUAAAGAACAAGCUGUACCUGGGCGAUGUAUCGAGGAACAGUUUUUCGAUCUGGUACGAUAUCGAAAAGUCUGCGUUUCGCAUCGAAAGCGACUGGGAGUGGACGAUCACUAAGAAUAUUGAAGAUGCUACUAGUGUUGCAGAACAAGCAGAGAGCGCCGGUGCUAAUGGAUGCGGGACGAAUAUGGGAUCUUGUGCUACGACGAAGAAGAAGAUCAAGAACAAGAUGAAAGCGAAAGCACUCAAUAGCGCUGAUCCUCAUGAUGUGCCACGAUAUAAAGCAGUUGCAGGCUACUUUUCGAACAAAAGUCUGUUCCUCCGGAGGGACCCGCAGUACUACUCUGCGAAGCCAGAACAUCUCGUAGCCACACAAGAAGCUGUAGCAACGAUGACCGCUGCAUGUCGGAGAAGUUCGUCUUCAACGAUGACUUUACGCGAGCAGGUUGAAAUGUUAGGGCUGCGUGCAGCUUGUGUAAGGAGGGGGGAGGACUCGUUUGCUGAGUCCGCUGUGAAGAGGCCGGAGGGGGAAGAAUAUGAGCCUGUGCUCGGAGAGGACCAGCUAGGCGAGC